AACCCCAUCGCUGUUUCCGACCAGAGUUUUAGAAGUCACGGUCGUGGCCUCACGUUGUUAUCACACACGUGUUGCGUACGGUUACGUAAAUUCAGUUCGCGUUAAUUCAUGGUUACCUCGUGUCCCGGCAAUGUUAAUGUCAUGGACGACGCAGGCCGUAGCGACAAUGGCGCCGUUCGCACGUCGCACGAAUAAAAUGCUGAAAUAUUUAAUAUUCGUCUAUUUGCUGAUGCAAGUGAACACAUCCCCCGGCAACGUCACCAACCGGGAGGCGAACGAUGACAUGGAACUGUUGAUGGUUUAUUUUGUGAACAGACAUGGCGAGAGAGCUCCCGAUGAUGUGGAGCUUUCUCUUUCUGAUCAGCAGGAAGAACUGAAGAGCCUCACUCACGUAGAAGGUCCUGAAGGCUUGACCAACGUCGGCAAAAGAAGGGCAUACCAAAUCGGCAAGUUCAUCCGUCAGCGCUACGGAUCCGAGGGUUCGAAAAUCUUAUCCAAAGUCUACCUGAAGGAUGAGAUUCUCGUUAGAAGCACAGAUAAGGAUCGGACGAAGAUGACGGCGCUAGUAGCCAUGUCCGCUGCCUACCCCCCGGAACCAGUUCAGCAAUGGGAUGAAUCACUAGGAAAGAUCUGGCAGCCAGUCCCUUACUACUCUGUUCCACUAAACGAGGAUUAUCUUCGCUACUUCUCCAACUGCGACAGGUUUGUGGAGCUGAUGAGGAACGCCAAGGACGAAUCCAUUCGGCAAGAAUUCGCACCGUACCUGGACGUCAUGCAGUUGCUCUCGAGGAGAACCGGCCAGAAUUUUGUUGAGAACCCGCUGCUUCUGCAAGCCCUGUUCGACUUAUUCAGGAGCUCGUUGGCCCUUGGUUUGAACAUACCGGAGUGGGCAAAGCCCUUUCUGGAGAGCUUAAGCGAAGGAGCCAGGCUCGCCUACAAGUUGUACUUCAGAAAUAAUGAAAUGAAAAAAAUUGCUGGAGGGGUCCUACUCAACAAGUUCACAGAACAGGCCCUGAUCGCAGCAUCAGGUAAAGAGAUCAAGCCCCGUCUCCACGUAUUCUCCUCGCACGACUUCAACUUGGGCGCGUUCAUGGAGGUGUCCAGGGUCCGCAGCAACCACGGCAUCCCGGAAUACGGCGCGGCUUUCGCUUUAGAACUGUACCGGUCGAAGGUCACAGGAGAACUUAGCGUCUUGCCGAUGUACCUUCCGCAAGCAGGAGACUCCACGCCCCAGGUGUUGCAGAUCAACGGCUGCGACACAAACCCCUGCGGCCUGACAAAGUUCAUGGAAUUGACUAAAGAUUUCCUGCUACCCGAACAAGAAUAUUACAGAAUAUGUAACAUUAAGACAGAGCUAUAACAGACACUAAGACGUAGUUAAUUAGAACUUAAUAAUCAAUUAAAAAAAAAUUCGUGGGAUAAAAGGCUAUUUGGUCUAAGCGACAUUUUUACAGGAGAGCCAUUUAAAGUUUAAAAUUUG